UCAUUUUUUCCCUGCAUGCGUGCGCCAAUUGUUGGUGUACCGCAUGCCCAGAUCGUCGCAGCAACAUCAAUUAAAUAACAAUUGGAGCGAGGGUGUAUUGCACCCCGAGUAUAGUUUAUCCGCAGCUGUACUCUAAACACAACAUUGUUGAGAUGUGACUUCGCGCGGUGACAAUAUAGUGACCUUCGAUUCUUUUUUGCAGAAUACUAGUAUAUAUAGGUAUAUAGGCACAAGUGCAUCCGCGAAUCGAACCGUGAAACGGGGAGACAAUAGGUACAGCAGAUCAUCUCUAAAUAAAUUUUGAGUCAAAGAAUUAUGCGAGAGGAUGGGAGACUUAAACUAUCCUGAUUUAAACUACCGUGGCAACCACGGGAUGUCCUGGGAAGGUGCAGCUGGUUAUCCGUCGGUCUACCGCGGCCGCGAGGUUAUACGACCCCUCGACAUACCAAACAUACAUCCACUCGUCGAGGACAGUCCACCUAACGACAAUGAUCAGGUGGUCAAACAUUAUAUAGGUCGAGGAUGUGGCCUUGCCAGUCUGAUAACAGAGAAUCUGCUGAUACAUCCUUUUCUAGUGUUACGGAGACAGUGCCAAGUUAAUCCUAUUUCCAAGAAGUAUCAUGUGGGACCGAUAACUUUGAUACCGGUGAUGAUAAGGCUGCAUCAGACUCAGGGUUUGAAUACGCUAUGGAAAGGUAUAGGGUCGGUUCUUCUGGUCAGAGGGUUGACCAUGGCUGUUGAGGACUUGGUGUCCAAAGUUACACCUUGGCCCAAAGAGAUCACACACUUGUCGUUCAAGGCACUGGGACAGCACAUCAUUCUGAAAUGCGUUUCCAUUGGAAUAGUCACACCUUUCUACUCAGCCUCACUAGUUGAGACUGUUCAGUCAGAGGUUGCUUCUGAAAGGCCGGGAGUUUUGGAUGUAUUUCGAGAUGGAGCUAUAAGAUUACUUGAAGUGAGAAACAAAGGUCGUCUCAUUCCAAUUUAUGCAUUAUUACCGCCAACAAUCGCAUGUGGAGUCAUAAAGUACCUGUUUGCUAUUUCUGUCAAAACAAUUGCAAGUCACAUAAUGAGAACUAGGCACAAGUACACUCAGGAGUCACGAGGUGCAUACAGCCGUGACAUGUCUGAAUCUGCUGCACAAGAUAUAGAAAUACAAGCUAUAUUAAUUUCCAUGUGCACAGCUGAUAUAAUUUUUUAUCCUUUUGAAACUGUUAUACAACGGUUGCACCUGCAAGGUACACGUACCAUUAUAGAUAAUUUAGAUACUGGUCGUAGUGUGACAGCUUUGUUAACUGACUACAGUGGAGCUGUAGAUUGUUAUCGUAAUAUUAUUUCUACUGAAGGUCCAUUAGGUCUGUAUAAAGGGUUCGGAGCCCUGAUGAUGCAGUUUGCGGUUCAUGUCUUAGUAUUAAAAACAACCAAAUGGAUUCUAACUGAGAUAGGAACUAUGUUAAAACCAAAACCAAAAUUAACAAAGCCUCCACCGCCAUCUUACUAUAAUGAAAUUUGAGAAUGUUUUUUUAGUAACUUUCAAAUGAAAUUUUUAUGGUGUGAUUUCUAUACAACAAAACUCGCUUGCAGCUUUAAUUUUUAAUCAUGUAAUGAACAUUUUUUCAGAUAUUAAGUUUACUAUAAUACAAUGUAUAAGAAUUUUUAUGAUUUCUUCAGUAAUCUUGUAUAUAUUUGUGUAAAAUUCACUAACUUUGGCUAAAAAUAACUUAUAUGUAAAUAUAAAUCCAUAUUAGCCAAAUAUACGUCGCUAGUCAGAUUGUAUAAAGAACAUUUAUAAUGUUGUCAAAACGCAGACCUUGUGUGCAGAAUACUAGUGAUUGCUAUAAUUGGAUGGAUUAUUAAAAAAGAUCUAUAGUUGAAAAUAAAAUUAUCAUAAUUCCUUUUUUUGAUAGAUUUAUUAUAAACAUAAGUAUGUUCAUACAAUGUAAAUUACCUAUUGAGUUUUAGAAGAUUUUUGAACCUCCUAAACAACAAUAUUCAAGAGCCAUCUUACCUCAUGCUUAGUCAUAAAAAAAACUAACUUUAAAUCUGUAAUUUCAACUACAGAAUCGAAGUCGGCUCUUGAUUGCAUCUUAUAAAUAAAGUAUCUUUUUUUA